UUCCCCAACAACACACACCCUCAAGCAAACAUACGUUUAUUUUCAUUCAUUUGCUGUAAACAACACUUCGUCAUCCCUUGGUCUCACUCGGUCUUCGCCGAGACAAUACUCUGCUCAGAUGAACAGCGACGUCAGCUGCUAACUCCAGAUACAAAACCAUUCACGCCAUGCGUACUGCCUCUGCCGCUAUGCGGCUUCGUUGUUGUUUACUCACUAUAUAUAAAUAUGUUAGCACAUUGAAUUGCUCCGCGCGCUUUGCACAGCUCAGCGCUGCGUCAAAGUCAAACGAACUGAGCGCAGAACAACUCAGCAGUUGAGAAAUUUCAUUUCAUUGCGGAGCAUUUUAGUCGUUUAUCGAUUUCGCAAGGUUUAGAAGUGUUUUAAGACAGUAUUUGUUGGAAAACAGAGGAAAGAAUAUUUCGAAAAAAUACCAAAAACAAAAGUGAAACAAUAAGAAAUACAUUGAGUUGGUUUUGUAGUAAAAGUUGAAAUUGAUCAGUGUACAUGUGCGUAAAAACGUUGGUGUUGCCAGUUUUGGCUAAAUUCAUCAGAAAGUGAGUUGCGGGUGUGUAAAACAACUUAUGAAAUAUUAAAAUUGUGAUGCGCGCGAAAGUGAUAAUACAAUGUUCAGCUACGUAAUUUUUCUUGUAUUUAGGUUUAACAAAGAUCACAAAUUUACAACCACAAUCACGUGACUUUAAAAGGAAUUUCCAUAAGUCGCUAAUGCAGCAGCCACAAACCCCUAUAUUAUUCGCGCCAAUCGAUUUUGAUUCAACCGCGCAAUCGCUCACGCUAGUAAACCGUGCAAUCAUGGAAUGGACCAACGAUGAUGCACUCGAACUAAUCGAGCAAUAUCGCAUCCAUACCGAAUUGUGGAAUCGUGCCGAUCCCAAGUACAAAGAUAAGUUAUGUCGCUUUCGAGCUUGGUCGGAAAUAGCAGAAAGGUUUGGAUGCAGUAAAGCUGAAGUGGAACGAAAGAUGAAUGUUUUACUCACACAGUAUAGGCGCGAGAAACACAAAAUGCUUAUUAAACUAUACCAGGGAAUACAGCCGAACCCAUCCAAGUGGUACGCAUUCAAAAGGUUCGAUUUUAUGGAGGCGGGUGGCGGUAGCAGUAGUAGUUCAUCGAGCAGAUCGGGCACAAACGGUCAUGCAUCAGCGACGACGGCUGUAAGUCUAAACGGUCUUAACUCUUACGAAACCACAACAGCAGGGGCGCAGCAGACAACAAGUGCAGCCAUCGCGGUGGCAGCGACGACUACAAACUCCGUUCCGAGCACUUCUCAACAUCGCCGCAUGAAAAAAGAGAUGAAGUAUUUUGGUGCGAUGGGCAUAAGCCUACCGAUGCUGAUAGCCAGUAACACGACAUUAGAUACAUGGAACACAGUUGGCCAAUAUUCACCGCCAAUCGAUAGUGAACGGAACCAGUUGCGAGUUCCUUUACCUAUGUCCUUCCCAAACUCGCAAAGUGAAAUGAACGUGGCCAGCAGUGCAUCGCGAAGCCUUUUCGGUGGAAGUAGUAACAGUGAUAUAACCGCCAGCCCUCAAAAACCUAUGGAAUCGUCAGACAUUGAAGAAAAAGAUGAAAUAUUAACUAAACGCGAACGUUCAACACCGUCCAGUUUACACAACGUAAGCGGAAGCAGCGACGCCGGUGCUCAUAUCGGUUGCGUUGGUAAUACCGCUAUAACAGAAAUAUGCAACAAUGCUAGUACUUGUGGUAUUAUCGGACGUAGAAGCGGUGUAGAUGGAGCUGUCGUUGAGUCAAGAGAUGGAGGUUCUAGUCCCAUACUAAACACAAUUGAAACGCACGAAAAGCGCCGCCGUACUACGCGCGACCAUGACGAGUUGGACAUAAAGCGCGAACUCGUAGAUUACUUUCACCCCCCUCAUCCUCCAGCUCCACCCGAUUCUCACCGUUCAUAUAGUUCCACCGAUGAGAACCGAAUCGGUGGAGUUGAUCCUGAUGAUUUUGCUCAAGACUUGCGCGUUAGCGCGGCAGCUGCCGCCGCAGCUAAAGGCAUAAACUUCAGUCAGUUUGUAUUACCAAGAAAUUUACGCCACUCAUCAGAAUCGAUAGAUGAGAAAUUCACUCCGCUCAAUAUGCGUAAACUGAAUUCCGUGUCGGCCACCGCACCAACCGCAGGGCAAAUGCUUAUGAAUUCCUUACUAUCUAACGAAAGUUUAUCAGAGGAAACUGCCACAAGCACUAGUGGACGCAACAAAAGCGCAUCCCAGGAUACGGCAUCCACUUCUGCGGCAGCUGCAGCAGCUGCUAUUUAUGCUGAAAGUCUGAAUAAAGAUGAUUGCGAUUUCAUCGGAUCGAAUGUUACACUAAAGCUCCGAUCAAUGGACCGCACCCAAAGAAUCAUAGCCGAAAAAUUAAUUAGUGAAGUUCUUUUUUAUGGACAAUUCAACGAGCUAGAACGAAACGCUCACAUCCAACCUAAGUGACAGCAGCUAACAAAGCCUCGUAAAGGUUUCUAAUUAUAAAGAAAAUAUAGCACAGAAUUCGCAGUAGAUUAUGUUUCCUAACAAAUUUAUACAAAAAGAACGUAAUGAAAUAAGGUGUAGUUCCUUUGCUUGGUACUCGAAUAACCUAAAAAAAAAACAAAACUAUCUAUUUCCCUGUUUAAUUACACACGUACAUACAUAUAUUAUUUUUAUGAAAUCAAUAUAUUUAAGAAUCAACCCAUAUGAAAGUUAUAUAAAAAUCCUUGCAGUACAAAUUCAUAUAUGUAUAUAUACAUACAUAAAUUAAUUUACAUGAACUUAUACCUGUUUAUAAGUUCAUGCGCUGAGUAUGCACUCUGAUCUUUGGAUCCUACUUAAUAACUUAAAUUGUUUUGACAUUCAAUUUUCAACAGUUGUGGCCGAAAUUAUCUGGUAUUUUGUCAUCCCUUCGAUGAAUAAAAAUGCUUUUGUGUUUGCACAAGUGCUUAAUGUGCAGGACCAAAAAUUAAAAAAAAAAGAAUAUUUCUUAAAUUUUCAAAAAUUUUCUCCCUGUUUGACUAUUCGAUUAGCUACAUAUAAAAACUAAAAUAUUUGAUGAAUUCACUUCUCUUAUUUAUAUAUUUAUAAUUUGUUGCUCAUAAUAAGCUAUUUUAAUGAAUUCCCUAUUCCAAUUUCUCUGAGCAUCAGUCAACUCGUUUUUGCAUGUUUCUAAGUAUUUUUUAUAAAUAGAUAUUAGAUCAGUUGCAAGUGUAAUCAGUAAUCUAGUCACGAAUCUGUCAGUGUGAGUGUUAGGAACCCCUCCCCCUUUUUAAAGGUUUUAUAUAUUUAUUGAUAUUGAAAAACUGAGCCAACGAAAAGGAACAAAAUCAAUUGAAAUGAAUUCAAAGAAUUAUGUACCUCGCUUAUUUUUCAGUCAUCUUUUUAAUACAAAAAUGAACAUACAUAUAUACCUUUAAAACAAAUAUACACUGUGUGAGCAGUUAACUACAAACAAACAAAUAAUAAAAAAAAACCUUCAUUAAGAAGUACAUAAAUAUUAAUAGGCAUUUUUAAUAUAAGAAAAUUACUGAUAAAUAUUUUAUGUUUUAAUUUCCUUCUUUUCUAAUCGAUAUACUUUAAUUAUUGAUAUAUUUGUAUAUUCUUGAUAAUAUACACUAUAUUUAAGAAAUUUUACAAUGCAAAAUACAAUAAUAACCUAAAUAUAGGUAAAGAGAGGUCCUAAACAUAAAUACACGUAUACGUUUAAAAGAUGUAGUGAAUACAUAUAUAUUAUAUUACAUAUAAAUCGAUUGGUGUUAAAUUUGCAUAAGUUAUAUCGGAUUAAUAUGUAUGCGUGUAGAGUGACUGACAAAUGUCCAUGCCUGACCAUUCUUCAUAUAGUCAAAUUAAUAAAGUAAUAAAGCAGUAAACAGUUUUUGUUUUUAACACAAUUUUUCAUAUUUUCAAAAAACAAUACAUAUAUGGUCUUUAAUCAUAAUUAAAGCAUAUUAUAAUUGUGAGUAUUAAUUUAUAUUUAUAUAAAACACGCUCUGACUUAUGUAGUAUGGUGAUGGUCAUAUUAAGAUCUUUUGAUCUUUAUUGGUCACAAUAAAUGGAAUCGCAGAAAGUCUUUGGGAUAAUGUUAGUAUAUUGUACUCCAAAUUAUAAUUGUGCUUAUGCAUAUUUUCAUGUGUUCUCUGAACUGAAUGGGAUGUAUAAAUGUUUUAGAAUCUUAUGCAAGCUGUAAUAUAUAUUUUUAUAAAAUUACAAGAAUUUAAAUUGUUAGACAACAUGUAUUUUUUAAUUAAAAUAGGUGUGGAAAACUAAAACGAAUUAUACUGUACCUUUUUUGAAAGAACUUUAAUCAUAAGAUUUUUUUAAUAUUGUAUAUGAUAUACAUAUGUUUAAUGUACAUUCAUAUAUAUGUACCUACUAGUUAGAAACAAUUUCAGAUAAUAAAUAAUGACAUGAUUUGCAAAACUGAAUUAUAAAAAAUGGAUAAAAAAAUAAAUGUAUAUCUUUGGUUUAUUAAUGUCGAAAUUGAAAUUUAUAUUAAAUCCGCACCUUAAUAGUAAGUAUAUAAAUUAUUUUUUUGUAAUUAUUGAACUUUUCCAUUUAAAUUAGAAUUUUAGAUAAAUAGAGUUGGAUCACCGCCUCCGACCGAAUAAAAUCAAGUAUUUUCCAAAAAUAUAAGCGAGAGAGACGCCGAUUUUACGAUUACACACGGAAACAUGUCUGGCGUCUGACAUCUAUCCUUAGCGGCUGCUACAGCCAAAGUAAGCAAUUUUUACCGCACGCCAAGGGCAUGUAUAUCAAAAUCAAAAAACCUCUUGAUAAUUGAACCGUUAUUGUACUCUAGCAACAAAAGUUGCUAAGAGAGUAUUAUAGUUUUGUUACCCAACGGUUGUUUGUAAGUCAUUAAACUAAACGAGUUAGAUAUAGGGUUAUAUAUCAAAAUAAUCAGGAUGACGAGACGAGUUGAAAUCCGGAUGUCUGUCUGUCCGUCCGUCCGUGCAACGGAUAACUUGAGUAAAAAUUGAGCUUUCUUAACGUAACUUAGAACACGUAUUCCUUGGCUCUCUGAGGAGGUUGCUUUCGAAGAUGGGCAAAAUCGGAAAAUUGCCACGUCCACAAAAUGGCGAAAACCAAAAAUCUGUAGUGUCAUAACUAAGCCAUAAAUAAAGUUAAAAAAAAUUUGGAAUAAAGGAUCGCAUUAGGAAGGGGCAUAUUUGGAUGAACCCAUACAAAGGUUAGGUUGAAAAUUACUAAGAGUCAGAAAAACGUCAGAAACACUAAAUUUUACAGAAGGAAGCUACACUCAGAUUUUUUUACAAAAUGAAAAAUUGGCGUGGCUUCGCCUACUUAUGGGUAAAAAAAAAUCUCGGUAUAUAAUAUUUUCUUGAAACCCUAUUAACACGGAUAAAAAAUGGGGGAAAUCGGUUGACAACCACGACUACUUUCCUUAUAACUCAAUUUUUCCAUCUGAUUCCUUCACUUUAUAAUAUAUACAUAAGGAACCAAUGAAGAUAGCGGAAUAAAACUUUACACAAAUAGUGCAUAUCAUCUCUGGCUUCACUUGUGAAAAAAUUGUCGAAAACGGAUUAUAACUUUUCAAGGCCCCAGAUAUCGAUCAUGUUGAACUCAGCGCCUAAAGGUAAAUUUUAACCGAAAAUAUGGGUAUAUCUCUCAGAUAAUUUAAUGCAAUUCAGAGGAAAUAGGUUAUAGGUUUUUCAAAAACACAUUGGGCUUUAUUCCGUAUAUAUGUAUUGGUUAAUAUGUGAGAUAUCUUAGCAAAAUUAUGUAAGCGUAUAGUCUUGUAUAUAGUGUACCUUGCUGGUGGAAAUGAAUGAAAUCGGUUCAGGAGUUACCUCAGCCCUUAUAAGAAUAUAUGAUGACUUUCGUUAUUAUAUUAAACUUUGUGCCGAAUUUAUGGGUAAAUUUGUGUGUUAUCUUUAUAAUUUUUUUAAAUAAAUUGCGAGAGUAUAAAAUGUUCGGUUGCACCCGAACUUAGGCUUUCCCUACUUGCCAUUAUUUUCUAAGGCAUGUUUUUUUUCAAAGAAAGACAUAUUUUGUGUUACGACACAUCUUGUCAUAGGGUGAAUUUGGUUUUCUAUUCAGAAAAAACGACACAUUUUGUAUAACAACGAUAUUUGUGAUAAAGUUAUUAAAUUUUUCAUGUUGAUUUUUUUCGGUAAAAUCGACACAUUCAGGUUAUGAGGUAACGACAUAAUUCAAAAGGGAUCACGUUUAUGCCUAAGAAAAAGCCUUAGUACACUCUUUUUAGUCUACUUAUGCUCAGCAUUGUGUUUAAUAUAUAUUACACGCCACUAGUUUAGUCAAUAAACGUAUGGCGUUUUUCUAUAUUCAAUUGUAAACUUUAAACAGCUCUCCUGAAAAAUCGACUUUUUUGAGUUGUGACACUAUUCAUGUAAAUGAGCGAUAUUGCACCUAAAAAAUAUGAAGUCAAGUAAAAACAGUUAGUAGUCGAUUAUCUACUGCUAGUCGAUACUCGUAAUAGGGAUGAUUAUUUGAAAAAUUAAUCGAACGUAAAAUACAACGCGUACACUUUUUCUUUAAAUAUAGCCAAACCUUGAACUGUAAGCAGUGGUGUAGUUUAAUGAUAUUGAUAUUUGUGUAUACUAUAAUACGGGAUGACAGUAAGAUAAUACACAAAAAAAGCGACGACCGACUCAGUUGCCUGUGAUAGUCAACCAUAUUGUGAGUGUCGGCUAGUACUAAAAUAGCGAUUGCCGGUGCUAUUUUACAUAAGUUUCGGUCACUCGCUCAACCAUCGACUAUGAAUGCUUUGCAAUCGCUUAUACGGCGACAGUUAUUUAGUCGUUAGAAAUUUUUGAUUGUUCUCGACCAAGUUAUAUAUAUAUAUAUUUGGCGCAGGAACCGCUUUAAGCGAUUAUAGCCGAAUCCACCAGAGCGCGCCACUCAUUCCUCCUUUUUGCUUUUUGGCGCCAACUGGAAACACCAAGUGAAGCCAGGUCACUUUGCACUUGGUCUUUCCACCGGAGUGGAGGUCGUCCUCUUCCGCGGCUUCCUCCAGCGGGUACUGCAUCGAAUACUUUCAGAGCUGGAGUGUUUUCUUCCAUCCGUACAACAUGACCUAGCCAGCGUAGCCACUGUCUUUUUAUUCGCUGAACUAUGUCAAUGUCGUCGUAUAAAUCGUACAGCUCAUCGUUCCAUCGUCUGCGGUAUUCGCCGUUGCCAAUGUUUAGAGGACCAUAAAUCUUGCGCAAAACCUUUCUCUCGAAAACCCCAAGAGUCGUCUCAUCGGAUGUUGUCAUCGUCCACGCUUCAGCGCCAUACAUCAGGACGGGAAUAAUGAGCGACUUAUAGAGUUUGAUUUUGGUUCGUCGAGAGAGGACUUUACUUUUCAAUUGCCUACUCAGUCCAAAGUAGCACCUGUUGGCAAGAGUGAUUCUGCGUUGGAUUUCAAGGCUGACAUUGUUGGUGUUGUUAAUGCUGGUUCCCAGAUAAACGAAAUUAUCUACAACUUCAAAGUUAUGACUGUCAACAGUGACGUGGGAGCCAAGACGCGAGUGCGCUGACUGUUUGUUUGAUGACAGGAGAUAUUUCGACUUGUCCUCAUUCACCACCAGACCCAUACGCUUCGCUUCUUUAUCUAGUCUGGAAAACGCAGAACAAACGGCGCGGUUGUUGCUUCCGAUGAUAUCAAUAUCAAAGUCGAAGAAGAAGUCGCACGAUAGUGAGUCACCCUGUCUGAAGCCUCGUUUGGUAUCGAACGGCUCGGAGAGGUCCUUUCCGAUCCUGACGGUGCUUUUUGUGUUGCUCAACGUCAGCUUACAUAGCCGUAUUAGUUUUGCAGGGAUACCAAAUUCAGACAUCGCGGCAUAAAGGCAGCUCCUUUUUGUGCUAUCGAAGGCAGCUUUAAAAUCGAUAAAAAGAUGGUGAGUAUCGAUUCUUCUCUCCCGGGUCUUUUCCAAGAUUUGGCGCAUUGUGAAUAUCUGGUCCAUUGUAGAUUUUCCAGGUCUAAAGCCACACUGAUAAGGUCCAAUCAGUUCGUUGACGGUGGGCUUUAGUCUUUCACACAAUACGCUCGACAAAACUUUAUAUGCGAUAUUGAGGAGACUUAUACCACGGUAGUUGGCGCAGAUUGUGGGGUCUCCCUUCUUAUGGAUUGGAGCACACUAAGAUUAGAAUCGUCAGGCAUGCUUUCUUCCGACCAUAUUCUACAAAGAAGCUGAUGCAUGCACCUUAUCAGUUCUUCGCCGCCGUAUUUGAAUAGCUCGGCGGUAAUCCAUCGGCCCCCGCCGCUUUGUUGUUCUUCAAGCGGGUAAUUGCUAUUCGAAUUUCUUCAUGGUCGGGUAAUGGAACAUCUAUUCCAUCGUCAUCGAUUGGGGAAUCGGGUACGCCAUCUCCUGGUAUUGUACUUUCACUGCCAUUGAGCAGGUCGGAGAAAUGUUACCCAAGUCGACCAAGUUACCCAAUAGCAAAUUAGAAUAUAAUCCCUCAAUCGACUGUGGUCUAUUCUACUGGCAGUCGACACUCACAAUAGGGAUGUUGUUUCUGUUUUCUGUAUACAACAAUCCGUAGCUAUAUGUAAUACAAAUACUGAUAUAGUUUGUGCUGUCGUUCAUCUUAUGAGGACGUAAAUUAUAGAAUAUUUCUUUCUACAACAUAAGCAAAAAAUACAUAUUCAAUUGUUGCUGGAGUGUAAUGAUAUACUUCAAUUGAAAUAAAUAUUUGAAUCCUUUAUUAAAACUUUUAAUAUGUCGUCUCGUCAAAUUAUGUUACCAGAAGUUACUGCAAUUAGCUAUAUACAUAUAUGAUAAACUUUUUGAAAUUUUACGCAAUACGAAUUUAAUUUUUUAAAACUUUUAAAAUGCUCAUAAUUUUAUUUUCCACACAUUUUUUUAUCGAAUUAGCGAAAACAAGGUUUUAACAAUUUGGUUCUGCUUUUAUAUUUGAGUUUGCACGAGUACGUCGUUAUUGAGAAUACAUGUUAUGUUGCAUAUUCUGGUUGUGGUCUUCAUAAUUUGUGCCACGCGGCAUUUAAAAUUCAAAUCCAAAAGAUGCCCCAGGCCCAGUUCCGCUACUAAACUGGAAGAAAUGACGAAACAUUUGGUUGGGAUCAAAAUCUGUAAAAGAAAGAAAAGCAAAAACAAAAUUGUUGUCAACAGAAAUUCAAUGAUAGGUGAAACGAUGUAUUUAUGUAUAUGAAACUUUUUUAACAUCCCGUCCUGUAUUUAUAAAAAUUCAAAAAAAAACAAUGAUUACCUUGCUCCUGAUCCUCUAUAUCUUGACCGCUGUCAUAUCGCAUCUUUUUACGUUGGUCUGACAAAAUUGCAUAAGCUUCACCUAUUUCUUUGAAUUUUAACUCCUCCUCUUUACGUUCUUCUGCACUGCUGUUAGCAUGUCGAUCAGGGUGAUGAACCAAAGCUUUUUUACGGUAUGCUUUCUUUAUUUCAUCUUCGGUAGCAUUGCGUGAUAUACCAAGAAUUUUGUAAUAAUCUUUACGCUUAGAC